CGGCAGCGUGCAUUGAUUCUAACUUGCUGCCAUUUCCACAAUUUUCAGCCGAUUUUAUUCAAAUCUUAAGGAAAUCUCUCUCAAGCGACGACAAACGAUAUUCCGGAAACACCCUUGUCGGAAUCUUUGUACUGCUUGGAUGCCACUGGGAGAGUUCAGAGACGCCUUUGGGAACUUAGUUCGAGAAUUGGUGGAUUUGUGUGGUACCCUCCUCCCGCUGUAGCAUUUACAACACGUCCACCUCCUUAUACAUUCUAUUACGCCGAUUCUCCGAAAAAGAAAAUCAUAGGCUACGAUCUUAGGCAACUAUAUGGAAUUCUUGAAAGAAGACGCGUCAUGUUGAACUUGACAGAAUUUUAUAACCUACACGGCGAACCAGGUCGUAUAGCAAUUGAUAUGAGAGGUUGGCUCUGGGCGCCUCUUCUUGGAGGUAGUGGAGUUAUUGAAUUAAAUCCAUUCUCCCGUUCAGUGGGUAGAUAUAUUCCCAUUCCUGCAAACCAAGUUGGAGCAUGCACUUUCGGAGGCCGUAACUGGGAGACUUUAUAUGUAUCAACAAUAAGAUAUGAAUUCAAAGAACCUCAUAAACAAGCUCCACACGGUGAUGAAGGUGGUUUUAUUUACGCUAUCCACGGCCUUGGCGUGACGGGAGUCCCGACAAGAGAGUACUCCUUGAGAGAAGAUGUACUGCGCGAAGCCUCUGCACUGUUGCAUGCUCAUAGUCUCAGGCGCUCUCCUGAUAGGGAAAGGCCCAGGUCCGGGGGAUCUCAUGGAUUUGGUUCCGGUAUUCCUGCAGGAAAACCUCCACCGUAUGAUAAAGUUGGUUCAAUUUGCACUGUCAGGGGCCUUGGCGUGAGGGACUUUCGAGAAUACCUUACAAGUUGGCUCAACCCUUAUUCUCCAAAUUAA